AUGCCUCGGAAGCAGCUGGCUGGCUGCUUCCUUCUCCUCAUACUCUUGGCUCUUUCUGGGCUGGCUGGUGCACUUACCAGAACAUACUACAUUGGGAUUGUGGAAGAAUACUGGAACUAUGUACCUCAGGGGAAGGAUGUUAUUACUGGGAAGAGUUUUGCAGAAGACAAACUUGCAACAUUAUUUCUCGAAAGAGGGCCCAACCGAAUAGGUGGCAUCUACAAAAAGGCUGUUUACAGACACUUCACCGAUGGGACCUAUUCAACCGAGAUCCCCAAACCCCCUUGGCUUGGAUUCCUGGGCCCAAUCCUGCGGGCUGAAGUGGGUGAUGUGAUUGUCAUUCAUUUAAAGAACUUUGCUUCCCGGCCUUACUCCUUGCAUCCACAUGGUGUUUUCUACAACAAGGAUUCGGAAGGAGCCCUGUACCCAGAUGGAACAUCUGGAAGGAACAAGGAUGAUGACAUGGUUCCUCCUGGCAAGAACUAUACCUAUGUGUGGCCAGUGAGAGAAGAAUAUGCACCUGCUCCUGCAGAUGCCAACUGCCUGACUUGGGUAUACCAUUCUCACAUUGACGCUCCCAAGGACAUCUGCUCUGGGCUCAUUGGACCUCUGCUAGUAUGUAAAGAAGGUAUGCUGAACAGGUACUCAGGCACAAGGACUGAUGUGGAUCGAGAAUUUGUUAUAAUGUUCACUCUUGUGGAUGAGAAUCAAAGCUGGUACCUUGAUGAAAAUAUAAGACAUUUCUGCACAGACCCUGAUUCUGUUGACAAGAAGGAUGCUGUUUUCCAGAGAAGCAAUAAAAUGCAUGCCCUCAAUGGAUUCCUCUUUGGAAAUUUCCCUGAACCUGACAUGUGUGUUGGUGAAUCUGUGUCCUGGCACUUGUUUGGAAUGGGGAAUGAGAUAGACAUCCAUUCCAUCUACUUUUAUGGUAACACCUUCAUCAGCAGAGGGCAUCGGACAGAUGUUGUCAACCUGUUCCCAGCCACCUUCCUGACAACAGAAAUGAUAGUUGAAAAUCCUGGGAAAUGGAUGAUAACAUGCCAAGUCAGCGACCACCUACAAGCUGGAAUGUUAGGGCAAUACAAUGUUGGUAACUGCAAAAGUGAUAUUCCUCGCCCCAAGAUGAAUGGUCAACAGAGGCGCUACUUCAUAGCAGCUGAAAAAGUUCUUUGGGAUUAUGGUCCUCAAGGGUAUGACAAGUUAACUGGUCUUCCUCUGAAUGCCUCCGGCAGCGACUCUGCACUCUACUUCACACAAGGAGAGCACAGAAUAGGAGGGCAAUAUUGGAAGGCUCGGUAUACAGAAUAUGUGGAUGCAACUUUUACUCAAAGAAAAAGACCCUCCGGGAUAGAAGGCCAUCUUGGAAUUCUUGGUCCAGUCAUAAAGGCAGAGGUGGGUGAUACCCUGCUAGUGACCUUUGCCAACAAAGCUGACAAAGUCUACAGCAUUCUACCCCAUGGUGUGCUCUAUGACAAGGCAUCUGAUGCAGCUCCAAACUUAGAUGGAUUUCUGAAACCAGGUGCCCAUGUCAAGCCUGGGGAAACCUUCACAUACAGAUGGAUGGUGCCGGAAAGUGUCAGCCCCGCCGCAGGCGACCCCCCCUGCUUGACCUAUCUUUACUUCUCAGCAGUUGAGGCAAUCAAGGAUACCAGUGCUGGGCUUGUAGGACCUCUGCUGGUGUGUAAAAGGGGUGCUCUCAAUGCCGACGGCACACAGAAAGGAAUAGACAAGGAAUUUUACUUACUGUUCACAGUCUUUGAUGAGAAUCUGAGCAGGUAUUUUGAUGAAAACAUUCAGAAGUUUACCUGGCAUCCCUCCAGUGUUGACAAGGAAGAAAAAGAGUUUGUGAAAUCCAACCGAAUGCAUGCUAUUAAUGGUUAUAUGUAUGGCAACCAGCCAGGCCUCAGCAUGUGCAAAAAGGAUAGAGUGUCCUGGCAUUUGAUUGGAAUGGGCACUGACACCGACAUGCAUGGAGUUUAUUUCCAAGGAAACACCAUCCACCUUCGAGGCACUCAUCGCGACUCGCUGGCUCUGUUUCCCCACAUGUCCACAACAGCGUUCAUGCAACCCGACAAUGCAGGGGUUUUCAAGGUGUUCUGCUCCACCUUGCACCACUUCGCCCGAGGCAUGAGUCAGAUCUACGAGGUCAGCAGCUGUGGCCACAGGGACCCUCCCGAGCCGCCCUACGGGAUGCUAAGAACCUUUUUCAUCGCCGCUGAAGAGGUAGAAUGGGAUUAUGCCCCUAACAAAAACUGGGAGUUCGAAAAGCAGCACUUGGACGCAGGAGGGGAAAGACAUGGAGAUAUAUUUAUGAACCACACUGAAAACUGGAUUGGUUCUCAGUACAAGAAGGUGGUUUACAGGGAGUACACCAAUGGAGAAUUUGUGGAGAUCAAAGCCCGGCCACCUCCAGAGGAACACUUAGAACUCCUGGGACCAAUGAUUCAUGCUGAGGUGGGUGACUCCAUCCUGAUCAUAUUUAAGAACAAAGCAAGCCGGCCUUACUCCAUCUCUGCCCAGGGUGUGGAGGACACAGACAGCGGGAAGCAACUCCAAGUGCCUAUUACAAAGCCAGGAGAAAUAAAAACUUACAGAUGGAAUGUCCCCAAAAGAUCAGGUCCUGGGCCUUCUGAUCCCAAUUGUAUUCCAUGGGUCUACUAUUCCACAGUAAACUUUGUGAAGGAUACAUACAGUGGUUUAAUGGGUCCUCUGAUCACAUGCCGAGAAGGAGUAUUGAAUGAAAAAGGAAGAAGAAGUGAUGUUGAUUAUGAAUUUGCUCUCUUGUUCUUGGUAUUUAACGAGAAUGAAUCUUGGUAUCUGGAUGACAAUAUUAAGAAGUAUCUCAAUAAAGACCCACGAGAUUUUAAGCACACCGAUGAUUUUGAAGAAAGCAACAAAAUGCAUGCCAUUAAUGGAAAGAUUUUUGGAAAUCUCCAUGGUCUCAUAAUGAAUGAAGAUACAAUGACAAACUGGUAUUUGUUAGGAAUAGGAAGUGAAGUGGACAUACACACCAUCCAUUACCAUGCUGAGAGCUUUCUUUUCAAGAUAGAUAAAUCUUACAGAGAAGAUGUCUAUGAUCUCUUUCCUGGAACAUUCCAAACCAUUGAACUGUUUGCGGAUCACCCAGGGACAUGGCUACUGCACUGCCAUGUGUCUGACCACAUCCAUGCUGGCAUGGAGACAACUUACACAGUGCUCCGGAACAUAGACAACAGAAUUCCAUACUCCACUAAGGCUCCUGGAGGAGCCCACCCAGCCACAGUGCCCUCCAAUGAACAACCUGGCAGUGAGGGGCUCUAUUUCUUUGGCAAGAAUCUGGGUCCAAGAGGUGCCAAGGCAGCCUUGGUCAUCCUUUUCAUCAUGGGACUUCUUCUCCUGGUUGCUACCAUCAUUCUCCUCCUCAGACUCCGUUCUGCGAGGAGGCAGAUGGCUUACCGCGAAGUCCAGUCUUGUGCACUGCCCACCGAUGCCCUGUGA